AUGAAUCAUUCAGACGGUGCUUAAUCCCCUCCUUAUUUCAGUAUGUAUCCGCUACCCUAUUGGCCAACAAGCUCAUAAUUACUCUUAAUGAUGAACUUUCAGAAUCCUUUGAUGAGUCCAAUCCAUAAUUUAGGUUCUCCAAUUUUAACUUCUCAUUUAAGUUUUACCUAGCCAACCAUGAAUUGUGAUAUAAAAUACGAAUAAAAUUCACAGAAUAAAGAAACCACACUAAGCAAAUAACCAGAAAAAUAUACCAGCCAAAUUUAAAUCAUUGCUGAGCAAUUAGAUGACAUGAAUUAUGACGAAAUCACCUUAGAAAACCUUGAACAAUUAAUCCAUUUGUUGUUUGCUGAAUCGCCUAAACUUAAAAAGAUCUAAUAAUAACUUAAAGAGAAAAAAUGUCUUAAGGUUGUUAAGAUUCUAGAGACUUUAGCCAAAAAAAUCAGAACACAAUCUAAAAGUAGAGAGGAGUUGAUCAAAUUUUGUCUAAGAAAGGCUUUCAGAGAGAUCUUCCAUAAAAUUUAAGCGAAAAGCACUAAAACAAAACUGAAUCUAAAGGCAGCUUCCAAAAUAUUUCAGUAAUCCUAUUAAGCUGAAAAAAUGAAAUCAAUAUAGUUGCCAUUCAGAAAAAAUAGUAGGAAUAAAACUAUGAAUAAUCAUUUUCUACAUGAAUUAUUCCAAUCCAAACAAUUUUAGGAUCAAUAUAAAACAUUCCUUGAAAAGUUAGAUACCAUCAUUGAGAAUGAUAGAAAUAAAAAAAUAAAAGCAAUUGCUGAAAAAUCAAGGGAAUUCAUCUAAUCCAACAGAAAAUCAUACACUUUCAAAAGAUUACCUUGGUCAAUUAAAAAUAUUGAAAAGUUAAAAGAAACCGCAAAUGAGAUGCUCAAUUACUGUGAUGAUUAAAAAUUUAUUUGA